GAAAACGCUAAUUACUCUAUAAAGUUAAUAUUUGAUAAUACGGACUUCAUACCACGAACAAUAGAAGAUCAGUCAUUGUUAGGAAAUUCCAACUUAGACAUUUUGCUGUGACUCAUAAGUUGAAGGGUCCUAACGUUAUUUCCAGAUUCUCACGGCAUUGAAGAAAGCCUCUUAUUCGUUUAUCUCCAUUUGCGCUUUUCUCCGGUGCAGCAUGCUGGAAACGUGUCCAUUUCACGGCGGUCUCCAAGUUUGGGCUAUCCUUGGAUACACGUCACGUGGUCAAGUAAGAACCCCCAGUGUGAGUGUUCACAAGGGCUUUUCUGUUUGAGGAGGGCCCUGGGACACUCCUACGUGGAUUCCUGCAUCCCCCUUUUGCAGUGGGGAGUCGAGGGGUCCGAAAUCUAGGAUAAAACACGCUGCGUUAGUUCACGGGGACUGAACUCGUACACUCACUGAAUGAAUAAUGGGGCAAAACUUGAUUAUGCGAAUUACGACGCACCUUAGUGUCCCUUUAAAAAUACUUUCGAAAACAUGGUUUAUUAGGUUACCACAUUUAUUGUUAAAGUGUAAACCAUAAAUUAUUAUGGGAUCUUUUCUGUUUAUUUAUUUAUUUAGAUAAAACAGUGCUGUCAAUCAGUAAUUAGGCUAGUUUUAAUAUAGUAACGUGAUGUCCAGAUUGAUAUUGGCAGGCUACUAGGCUAUCUAUUUUUAUUUUCGUGUAGCCUAUGUUUCGUGUACAUUUCGUGUACUUGAUGUGAUGCUGUAGUGCACCGAAUGACCCCUAUGGGGUCACUAAAAUAAAUACUGCUGAAGUAUAGGUCCAGCGGUGCCAUGAGGGAGAGCCUCGAAACGUUCCGCAUUAACGUUUUGUAACCACGUGGGGGCGGUAAUGUAGUGUUACUGACUAUAACAGUGACUUACAGUGAUUCAAACGAUCUACUAUUUUUAACAAACUACAGUGACACAAAAUAUUGACAUGAAAUUCACAUCCCCGUCGCUUUUGUUGUCGAAUAGCCAAAUUAUACUGCAGUUAUAGCAUAAAGGCUAUGCUAAUAGCUACUGCCAAGUCGGGUGUUAUCAAAACACUGCCAAAACCGUGUUUGAGGUACCAUUCUUAUCUUAUUUAAACUGAGGUUAUAGCUAUUUGUCUCUAAUUUUAUGUAUAGCUUAAAAACAGAACCACGUUUGUUUAGGCAUCUCCAAAAAUAUUUUUGGCAAUAGGAGAUACAUGAGAAAAAAUGAUUGGGUUGGAAAACCAUGUAAAAGCUUAAACUCUGAGCUAGAAUACAUAAUAUAUUUUCAGAUGAACUGAAGUUUGCAAGAUUAAAAUGGCCCUAAUAUGUUGAUGACCCAGACAUUGCAUCCAAUCCAAAGCUUAUUUGUAAUCCAAGAAGUACAUUCAAACAUGUGGAUUGAAGAUUUCAGAUCUUUAUAUAUUUAAUAGUUACACAUUAAUAUUGAAACUGGGAUUUAAAUUAUUAAAUUUUAGUUAAUUUUCCAAAUAGUUGAUGGUCCCAAUUUAGCCACAUUGCACAUGAAUUUUGAAAUUUUAUAAAUAUUGAGUUGUUUACAUGAUAUUUACUGUAGUAAUUUGAAUUUGUUGUUUAUUUUGUAUAAAAUAGUGCUGUUAUAAUUGAAAAUCACUAUAACAGACCCAGAGUGUCAUUUGAGGUUUCUUUCCAUUGUAAACUUUUUUCAUGUCCCAUUUUAGCCCAUGCCAGGAUAAUCACAAUAAAAGCGAUAUCUAAGACCUUUUAUAGUCACGUCAGAAACAGAUUUAAAAAAAUGAUAAUAUUUUGCAUAAAUGGCAAAUCUGUCUGUCAUUCAGGGUUUCUAUUUUUUCCAUAUAAUCCACAAUGCUGAUGUAUGACUGACGCGCAUGAUCACAAUAUACAAGAAAUUUCCAGGGUUAAUCUUACGAUAAACUGGAUUUUUGACCUCCUUUUCUUUUUUCCUCUGAUUGUGAAACCAAACAGAAAUGCAAACAGUUUCAUGUUUUUAAAUAUUAUUUAUCAAAAUGAUCAUAAUUCUUUAUUAUUUCAUUAUAUAGAAAAAGCAAGAGCUUUGUAACAAUUCUGUUAAUCAUGAGCAUUAUCAAGGCAACAUUUUCAGAGUCAUAUAAGGUAAUCGAUAUAUCCAGAUCUGCCAGAGUCCAGUGUUUUCUGUGGUGUACAUGCAGAGACGCUUCUAGUUUGUGUGUCCCUGUAGACUGGCCCUGAGCACUACACGAUGAUGAAGGAUUAUUGUAGGUUAAUCUGCUUGCCUGCCAUCUGCCUGCUCCAAACAAAUUAAACCUGAAAGCAAAGCCACACUCACAAAUGUAGAUGAAGGUAAAUUGGCAGGUGUUUCCUUUUCUGAUCCGCACAGCUGCUCAUCUGAGCAAAAAGUAAUACGAAAACAGUUUUAAUUCUAUAUGGCAAUUGGAUUUUGAAACUUUAUUAGAAUUUGCAGUGUGAUCGUUUUUGAAGUCAGUAAUACACUUUCAUCCAUCCUUAUUUAUAUGAUAGAAUUUUUUUAAAUUAUAGUUUUGAAUGCUAUGCAUAUAAAUAUUUUGGUAACACUUUAGAAUAGGGAACACUUAUUCACUAUUAACUCUGACUUUUCUCAUGAAUAAAUUUAAUUAAUUUGCUGCUUAUUAAUAGUUAGUAAGGUAGUUGUUAAAUUUAGGUGUUGGGUAGGAUUAGGAAUAUAGAAUUUAUUACUACUAAUAAAUAGCUAAUAUUCUAGUAAUAUGCAUGCUAAUAAGCAGCUAGUUAAGAGACCCUAAAAUAAAGUGUUACCAUAUCUUUUUCUUCAUUCUAAUGUUUUCUAGUAAAUAAUCCAAAUUAGCUCUUGACCUGGAGAAACUAUGGAACCUGAUUGUAAAAGAUUUUGUUGCGCAUUAAACGUCAACUAAUAAAGGUCAUGAAAGAGUGAGAUCGAGGUAUUUGCUAAUGCUGAUGUGUAUGAGAUUACAUAACUUUGUUUUAAAUGUGAACUGAACAUGCUCUGUAAUAUAAACUGGAUUGUCAAAGAGAUUAAGACGAUUCAUCUGCUAAAAGGCCUGCAAAAAGUUUGAUGAAUGCUUACAAACGUGCUAUUUAUUUAUUUAUUCAUGUAUUCAUUCAUUCAUUCACAGAAAGUGAAUUUUUACUCUAAAAAUUGGGUGACUAUUUUCAUCAUAUUUCUUCAGUAUUCAUUGGUGAUUGUUCCUUUGUGACAGAGCUCCAGCAUUCCGAAUGUGGGAUUUCAGUAAUGCUAUAUACCUGUCAUAUCAGGUCAGGUGUGCUACUCAUGAACCCCUCUAGUGGCCAUUAGUUGCCGUGCUGCAAAGAUGGGCUUCUAAAAAUGUGCUCAAGGGUUAAGGCGUGUCAUUGGAUUAGGCUCUUAGCACCUGCCUUAGCUCUCCUCCAUCUGAAAUAAACACCCUCAGAAGGACACUGCCGUAGCUCUCUUCACUAGUGCGCUGUCUGGCCUGCUGUAACUGCUUUGCUUUAUUAGGAUGAAGAAUGAUAUGGAAAUGCAGUUUUCAUCAGUUCUUCUGCUAGCACAUUUCUGCUUUGGUAUGUAUUCAUCAGCAUCUUUGAAUAUGGAUGUGGCUCAGGCGAUUAAACAUUCCUUUACUUGAUUGUAUUACACUGUUAACUAAUGUAUAUAAUCUUGAAAUCAUCUUCUUUCUGUCUCAUUUGCAUCACCGUUAUUUCUGAUUGACAGUAGGAGGUGAGCAAACAGAGACUUCCCUGAAAGAAAACUAACUCUAAAUCUAAAUUUAGAAACAAAUUCAUUUCAUAAAUGAAUUUAUAUAGUGAAAUACCUUUGAUAAACCAGGGGAUAUUGAAUCAUUUAUGACGUAAGACACCUGUAAUCCUAGACAAGCAGAUAGAGACAGUCAUUAGUAUUAUUACAUUAUGCCAUGUGUGUUCAACCUUGUGUCAGAAAAAUGACAAAUAUUGUGAUAGACACAUGAUGUCUUGUACUUAUAAGUCUGGUUAUGUUACAUUGUUAAUUGUGGUAUUUAUUGUUUAUCUCAUUGUUGUUUACAGCACAGGCCGACUACGCUCCCUAUUUCUAUGACAAUGGGCCUAACAGUAACAACGGUAAUAUGGCACUGUUAAAUCUCUCAGAGGAUAUGCCAAAAGGAACACAGAUAUAUGUUCUUAAUGGAACUGACCCAGAAGGCCAGCCAGUAAAGUAUGGAAUGACCUUUGAACCCGGAUCCAAAGAAUAUUUUCGUGUUCAUCCCAAAUCUGGAACAGUAACUCUAAUAGAGGAACUCGACAGAGAGGCACAAGAUGAGAUUGAAGUCUUUGUCAGUAUCUCAGAUGGCCUUAAUAAAGUAGCUGAAAAGGUUUCGGUUUUUGUCAUGGAUGCCAAUGAUGAGAGACCACAGUUUCAGAACAUGCCUUCCAUUUUAGAUGUGCCAGAGAACUCUACAUCUGGGAGUAGCAUCUACAAAGUGCAGGCAGUGGACAGAGACACCGGCUCAGGGGGAUCAGUCACUUACUUCCUCCAGAGCAGUGACCCGAGCACAAAAUUUGCCAUUGACCAUCAUAGUGGCGUGCUGCGGAUAAAACCAGGUGAAACCCUUGAUUAUGAGAAAUCCCGCACACAUUUCAUCACUGUGGUGGCAAAGGAUGGCGGUGGCAUUUACAAGGGCAAGCAACAAGUGAUGUCAUCAUCUGCCACUUUGACAAUAAAUGUGAUUGACACUCAAGACACUCCCCCUAUGUUUGUUGGGACUCCUUACUUUGGUUAUGUGUAUGAGGUCUCCUCGCCUGGAUCUGAGAUAUUUACAGUUUUUGCCAAAGAUGGAGACAUGGACAAUCCAAAUCCAAUCAUGUAUUCAAUAGAAUCUGAUUCUCGAUCAAUUAAUUCAGGAGCAGAUGGGGUUUUUGCCAUCAAUAAAACCAGUGGAUGUAUCACUCUGAAGGUGUACCCAGCAGACCUGAGGAGAGAAAUCUUUAACAUUAAAGUCAAGGCUUCAGAGGUCAGUCCAGAAGGAAAACGCUUGGACUUUGCAGUCACCACAGUGACCAUUCGGGUAGUGGAUCUGAACAACCAUCCACCCACAUUCUUUGGAGAAAAUGGACCACAGAACGUGUUUGAGUUAACUAUGUAUGAACAUCCUCCAGAGGGAGAGUUCCUGAGGGGCUUGAAAAUUACAGUCAAUGACUCCGACCAGGGAUCAAAUGCAAAAUUUCACCUCAGACUGGUGGGCCCAGGCCGCAUGUUACGAGUGGUCCCUCAAACCGUCCUAAAUGAAGCCCAAGUCACUGUCCUGGUAGAGGAUUCUGCUGCAAUGGAUUUUGAGAAAUCACAAUUCCUGACAUUUAAGCUCCUCGCUGUAGAGAUUGACACCCCUGAGAGAUUCAGUGCCACGGCAGACAUAAUCAUUCAUUUACUAGACACCAAUGAUAAUGCUCCCAAAUUCUCCUCCGAUUUCUACAUCGCCCGGAUUCCAGAAAAUUCCCCCGGAGGAUCCAGUGUUGUGUCUGUGACAGCCACAGAUCCUGAUUCUGGUCUUUGGGGUGUGGUCAAAUACUCCAUCUAUGGCUCAGGAGCGGACCUGUUUUUCAUUCAGCCUGAUUCUGGAAUCAUCUACACUCAGCCCUGGGCCAGUCUAGAUGCUGAGGUCAAAUCCAAGUAUAACUUUUAUGUGAAAGCCGAAGACACUGACGGAAAAUACAGCCUUGCAGAAGUCUUUGUUACCAUUAUGGACCUCAAUGACCAUUCACCAGCAUUCAAUGAAAACUCUCUAGAGAAGACAAUGGUGAUUGGUGCACCAGUGAAAAUAGAGGCGAUUGAUGAAGAUGCAGAAGAGCCCAAUAAUGUCAUUGAAUACUCCAUCAUGAAGUCUGACCCAGAUGACAUAUUUGACAUUGAUGCAGACACAGGAGAAAUAAAGCUGAAGCCGUACAUCAAGUCCAUGGACAUAGUCCAGAAUAUCAGCAAUCACAAAGACUGUACCUGGUCUUUGGUUGUUCAGGCCAAAGACAGAGGUUCACCAUCUUUUAGCACCACCACGGUGGUAAAGAUUGACAUCACGGAAGCGACUCAACUCAAGGGACCUUUGACGUCCUUUUUAUUGAAAAGUAGGGAAAAUCCCAUGCAAUUCCUAGGCUUGGUCAGUGGUGUCAUUAUAAUCAUGGUUUUUGUGACAGUCUUCAUCUCUACUGUUAUAUACGUGAGAAAUGUCAAGUCCAACAAGAUCCUACCCUCCCGUCGCAUCAUACGAAGGAAGCGUAAACCCCGGAGACAAGACGACUUCCAGCAACCGUUCAGAGAGGAACGUUGUGGAGGUAAGUUUAGAAAUGAGGAUCUGGAGAUCCCUACAGCAGACAAUAUCAACUGCAACAAUAACGUCAAAGGAUGUUCUCAUCGAGCCCCUCCGUCGCCUCCUAACGCCCCCUUCAUGGCCCCGCCGUUGCCAAGUCACUAUAGACACGGUGACCGGGAAUGGACGGUACCUACAGUUUCUGCCUCAGUGGCCUCCAAGACAAAGAAAAGAUCUCAAAGGAGUAAAGACAAUCCUGUCAACACAGCACUGGUUUCUGAACUCAAACUUAGACUGGAGCAGAAAAACAUGGCAAACCGAUACUGAUGAAAUGCUAGUAUAUAAAUACCAGUGUUCAGUGGAGAGAAGACAUGUCCCUCUGCCAAUUCUAUAUCAUGUUUCUUCUGACUGAAGGAGAUUUCAGGCAAGAUUUGAUCGAGGACAAGAUCUCAGUGGGCCAGCUCUGGAAGCUUCUUACUGUUCUAAUGCUUGAAGAGUUUAGCUGGGAUUGCAGGUUGAACCUAGUGGAAAUGAGGGAAAGUGUCACUAGCCAAGACUAACACCCUGCUAAUACUAGGACUCUGUGUACUGCCCUCUUCUGGAUGGAAAAUAAUUGGUUAAUGUUUACUCUUUCUCCGACCUAAUUUUUUUUUUUUUUUUUUUUUUUUUGAACUAUGGAUAACUGGCAAGGAGUGUGAGUUUUCAUUCUUCAAAAUCAUGUAGUACUCGCUAUAUGGUUUUUUUAAAAGGAAGUAGUUUUUUUUCCCCCCCUUUCAAAAAUACAAUAGUGUCGCUGAGGCCAGUAAAUAAAUGCAUUCUGGGUCUCAUAUAAUAUCUUUUGGACCUUGAACAAACACUUACAAUGCCAAAUUCUGAACAUUAAUUUGGUUAUCAAUUUGUGCAAUGUUUCAUCAAUUUAAUUUACCUUGUCAGUGUUCAUGCAGUUCAGUAUUAAAUGUCAAAUAAUUGUUGAAGUGAUCUGUUUAUAUUCAACCUUUUGUAAAUAAAUUGAUAUUUAAUUCAA